AACUAAGCCAAAUAUUAUAAAGCACAAGAAAAAUGAAAAACAUGCUUUACCACGACAUAUUUGAAGUUUCAAAUAAUUAAUUCCAACGUCAAUUAUUUAUCUGAAAAAAAUGUUUGUUAGAAAUUUGCAAGCUUAUAUUGUGUGAUUUAAAGAUGAGAGUCCUUGAGACAAAAUUUGAAAAUUCGGUAUUUUCUCAGAUUGUCCAAAAAAACUGAUCCAGCCAUCUGUUUGUUUAUUUGGGCACCCUGUAGCCAAGCUUUUGUAUUUUGUUUUGAACUCGUGUAUUAACGUUGUGUAAUUUAACAUGUAACUGAUUUCAAUUUAUGUUUUCCAUUGUUACAAUCCUUUUUAUGUGUAUAUUAUAUAUCAAUACACAAUCAUUGACUAAAAUGUAACCGACACUGUAUUGAUAUAUCUGCUGUCCUAUGCAGCAUUUAUCAUAGUUGUUUUUCCCUCAAUUCCAAUUUUUGCUAUUAAUUCAUAACAAAUGCUAACAAUUAAUUAUUUCAUUAACAAUCUUAAUUAACUAAUAAUGAUCAGGUUUAAUAACCUACAAGUCUGUGAUUGUUGUAUUUAAUUUCAGAGACUUAAAGCCAAUUUUAGACACCAUUUUAGAGGCUUUAAAAGAGAUAUAAAAUGGGUAAAGUUGUACAGGAAAAGUUACUUAGUCCUGAUUGGAGAAAAAGAGUUCAGAUAGAAUACACUAGAUUAAAACAACAGAAGAAAUUCAGACAUCAGGAUGAUAUUAAGAUGGCCUGGAAUAGAAAUAGAUCUCUUAUCACAGAAAAUAUGAAAUCAAAGAAUAACGAUGAGAGUGUUUGCCCUGUGUGGGUGUGUUCUGAGGAUCCCCCCGCUCACUCACAGUUCAUCAGGAGAGCUGAAGCUAAGGACAACGAGGGGAAAAUACAGUCCAUCCCGAUAAAGAUCAUCAACGCUGUGAACCCCAUCCCGAACAUGUUCACCUGGGCCCCCAUCCAGCAGAACUUCAUGGUCGACGACGAGAUGGUCCUCCACAAUAUUCCAUACAUGGGGGAUGAGGUUUUAGACCAGGACGGUAUGUUUAUCGAGGAAUUGAUCAAGAACUAUGAUGGGAAGGUGCAUGGAGACAGGGAAGGAGGUGUAAUCGAAGACGACCUUUUUGUUUCCUUGGUUAAUGCUCUCAAGCAUCAUGACAACACAGACUCAAGGGAUAUGGAGGAGGAAGUUGCCGACAAAGAGGAAAAAAUAAAAGACGAAAAUGAUGAAAUAAUUGAACAAAGAAAGAAUGAUAACUCCUACAUACCUUCAGACACGGUGUUUAUGGCGAUAUCCUCUGUAUUCCCUGAGAUGGGGAACCCUAACAAGCUCUGUGAGAAGUUUAUCGAGCUGACGGAGAACAAGGAUUCUAUACUAAAGGAGUGUACCCCAAAUAUUGAUGGGCCUGAUAGUGUAUCAACAAGUUUUGAGCAGACCAUGCAUUCAUUCAAUACUCUCUUCUGUCGCAGAUGUUUCAAAUAUGACUGUUUUCUUCACAAACCUCCUCAACUGCGACCAACCAGUAAGAGAAGGGGUCCUGAGCUGAGGUUGAAUACAGAACCAUGCUGCCCUGACUGCUACCUUCUUCUGGAGGGGGUAUCCUACAAUACUAGACAGGAUACAGGGGAUACAAAGGACACAUCUGAAAAAGCUGAGAAAGUAAAAAAAAAUAUUUCUCUGGAUUCUGGAAAUGAAGCAAGUAGUGAGGAAUCCAAUGAUAGUACAACUAGGGAUAGCAUGACAAGAUCAAGUAUGCCGGGUGAGAAGAAGAGUGAAAGUCAAAGUGGAAACUCCUCGGCUUCAGGUUCAAGGAGAAACUCAUUGACUGGCCUAGAGGGACUUAAGGAUGGUAAGAAGACUGGGUGUGCUGGUGGUGGUUCCUCUAGUACUGGACAGAACGGUGUACGGGGCAGGGGUACAGCUGAUCACAAAAACUGGAGAAAGGAUAUACGCGGCCUUGGACAGGUGGCCAGCGUAGAUGCCGCGCUGGUUUAUGACAUAAAUCCAAUGCGUGAUAUUACAGGAACAGAUAAGGAUGAAUGGAACGGUGCAGAAGAAAACCUUCUCCGUGUUCUUUACAAAGUGUUCCCUGGAAACUAUUGUGCUAUUGCGCAGAUGAUUGUAACAAAACUUUGCAAGCAGGUUUAUGAGAAAGCACAGAUAGAGAAGGAUUCGUUGACUACUGAGUCUACUAAGGAAUACACUCCGCCGAAAAAGAAGAAGAAGAAACAGCAGCAUAAGAUGUGGUCCAACCAUUGUAAAAAGAUACAAUUGAAGAAGGAUAAUGGGCCCAAUCCUGUACAUAACUAUUUCCCUUGUGAUCAUCCGGGACAGCCCUGUGAUUCCUCGUGUCCCUGUAUAUCCGCUUCAAACUUCUGUGAGAAAUAUUGUUUAUGUUCCUCCGACUGCACAAACCGGUUUCCAGGCUGUAGAUGUAAGGCGCAGUGUACAACCAAACAGUGUCCGUGUUUCCUGGCUGUCCGUGAGUGUGACCCCGACGUGUGCUCACUGUGUGGGGCAGAUCAUCUAGAUAUAUCCAAGAUAUCCUGUAGAAAUGUUAUGGUGCAGAGAGGAUUAGGAAAGAAACUGUUUAUGGCUCCCUCUGACGUGGCAGGAUGGGGGAUAUUCAUUAAGGAUUCAGCGCUGAAAAACGAGUUCAUAUCAGAGUAUUGUGGGGAGAUAAUAUCUCAAGAUGAGGCGGAUAGGCGCGGAAAGGUUUAUGAUAAGUACAUGUGUUCCUUCCUGUUUAACCUGAAUAAUGAGUAUGUAGUGGAUGCUACAAGAAAAGGAAACAAGAUUAGAUUCGCAAACCAUUCCAUCAAUCCUAACUGCUGCGCUAAGGUUCUCAUGGUGAACGGGGAUCACCGUAUUGGAAUAUUUGCUAAGCGAUAUAUUCAACCUGGAGAGGAAUUAUUCUUUGAUUAUAGAUACGGUCCAACAGAACAGCUCAGGUUCGUUGGUAUUGAACGAGAAAUGGAGUUCCUAUAAACAAGAAAAUCCACCAAUCUGGAACUAUACUUGUAAAACAGUUUUUGAAAAUCCGCUAAUCUGAAACUAUAGUUCUUUAAACAAUGAUAGAUGUCUCUUUUUAAUCAUUUUGAAACAUAUGUCUUACGAUUCUGUUCUAAACAAAUUCAUUUCUUCUAAGGAAUUAAGUCUUUGUCACAAACUUAGGUUUUACU